AUGACAUCGGUUACAUUGGAGUUAUCAGCUGAUUCAGUCGAAUGUCAUCCCUCUUUGCCAAACUUGAUGGCAGUUGGCACCUACCAGAUCGAUCAGGAACACAAUCAGCAAUACAAAGAUAGAAGAUCAGGCAAACUAUAUUUAUUCGAUGUGGAAAUCGGUAAGCCAUCACCAUCAUCAUCACCGAUGACUUGCACCCAAUUACAGGAAAUAGAAUUCAACUCUGGUAUUUUGGACAUGAAAUGGACAAAAACAGACCAACCAAAAUUGGGUGUAGUACUAUCGCGUGGUGAUCUAGCAAUCUAUAGAGUUGGUGACAUCGAUGGUACCAAUCAGAAAAGUUUGGUGCCAGUGAUGAACGCAACUCCAAUCUCACCUUCGGAAUCCGAUGAAAUAUUGGCAUUGUCACUCGAUUGGAAUAAGAGUGGAACUCGAAUUAUAACGAGUUUCAGCAAUGGUUCACUGGCGUUGUUCGACGUCGACAAUGACAAGCCAGAGACAAUUGAACGCUGGGAUGCACAUGGCUAUGAAGCGUGGAUAGCAGCGUUCUACUAUCACCAGGAGCAAUUGAUGUUCUCGGGUGGCGACGAUUGCCUCUGGAAACACUGGGAUAGUCGUGUCGGUCUUUCCACACCGACCAUUACAAAGCGUUGCGAUAUGGGAGUGACAUCGAUACACUGCCAUCCACACCGUGAGAAUAUAGUAGCGGUUGGAUCAUACGACGAAAACCUCAGAGUAUGGGAUUUACGUUCAAUGAGAUCACCGGUUUCCACCACAGCACUUGGUGGUGGAGUGUGGCGAGUGAAAUGGCAUCCAUCGUCAGACAAACAAGAUCAACUUGUCACCGCCUGCAUGGGUGGUGCAUUCAACAAACUGACAUUCAACAACGAACUGACCUCGGCAGACAUUGAAACCUACAACGGACAACAUCAAUCGAUAGCUUACGGAGUGGACUGGUCGUCCAGCUCGGAAAAUCAAUACAUUGGUUGUUGUUCAUUUUACGAUAAAUUGCUUUCAAUUUGGAGUUAG